UUGGAAUCCGAACUGUCAGACGAUGAGUUUUACAUUUAAAUUCUCACUGUUACUUUUUUAUCAUAAUGUAAUUUAAUUAUUUUCUAAUUGUUAUUCAAGUUAAUGGAAUAAAUUAAGUAUUUAAAUGUAUUUUUAUAAACUGGGCGUAUUUUUGAAUUUGGUUUUUCCAAGACAAACCUUUUUGCAGCAGUCACUUGUGGAAAUUAACAGCUGACGCAAGGAUCAAAAAAAUAUAUUUGGAUCCCGCAGAUCGAAGUAGAACGUUUUUGAUUAGAGUUAUCAAGAAUUAAUUUAUCAUAAAACAUGACAAUGAAUGGAAAUUCAGAGACUGAUGUAGUAAAAUUUAUGUGGGAAAUUGACUGUGUGGUUGGUGCAGAGUCAUGGGUUCAUUCAAAACAGUUCUAUUUACGUGGUAAAGAUCGAGUUGGUUUUGAUAUUGGGUUACGGAACACUCUUCCUACUCGAGGUUCGCUUCAACUACGAGUCAGAAAAAAUGAUUUGAGACCAGCAAAAGCUAGUAUACAGAUCAAUCAAAUUUACACACCACAAAUAUUUGAUAAUCCAGUAAGAAACGUUGAUAAUCCACCACAAAAAGUAGGAUGGUCUAAGCUCCAUUCAAUAUUUUUUGGUAACUCUUCUAUUUCAUCUUCCUCUAGACUCAAUAGCGCAAAACCUUCGGUAACUCGUAGCCGCAUAGGCGCAUUACAAGAAGAUAAAUGGAAACAGUUUUUAACUUUUGAUAUUACAGGCUACAAAAAUGAAGCGGCCGAAGAGCGUUAUGAUGAUUGUAAAAUUUAUUUAAAGAUGAAGAUUGAGUGCGAAAUAACUUGGAUGGGUUUCAUUAACGAAGAGCCUGAAAGUAUAACACCAACAGGUUUUGAGCAAUUUCUUAAAGCAGAUGUAUUUAGUGAUAUCACCCUGAUAGUUGAUAAUCAAGAAUUACCAGCACACAAAGUCAUUCUGUCAACGCACAGUCCGUAUUUUCACGAGAUACUGACAAGCGGGACGAAAGAAGCCAAAGAAAGUCGUAUUCCACUUGAAGAUUUUUCACUUGAUGUCGUCACCGAGAUGCUCGAAUUUUUUUAUACCGGAAAAACAAGAGCAAGUGAUAACAUAGACGUUGCAUUGAAAAUGAUUGAGGUCGCAGAGAUGUAUAAAAUCAGCAGGUUGAAGGAAAUUUGUGAGACCACAUUGAUAAAUAAUAUGAAUAUUUAUAAUGUUUUAGAUAUUUCAAAUGUUGCUGAUGAUUAAAAUGUAACUCGAUUACGUGAUAAAGUGAAGUCGUCCUCAAGAAGUCUUAUAAUGACUUUUUGAAGGUGUCAUUUUUAAGAACUCUUAAUUAAGAGUUCUUGAAGACUCCAUAAAUUAGACGUCAGUUUUGUGACGUCUAAAUGUAUUCUUUUUUUAAACUUCUUUAUCUAGUCAAAAUUAGGAGCUCUUUAAGACGUCAUCGUAAAUUCAUACUGAAGUCUUAUUUGCGAAGUCAGAAAAAAAACUCUUUGAGAACUUUUUUUAAAGACGUCUUACUGAGUUCGCUAGGUGGCUCAUUUGACAUCUUGAGAACUUCUUAAAGACUUCUUUAAGAUGUCGAAUGAGACGUCCAAAUUAUAAAUAUGCACUCAUUCAGGACUCAUCAAGACGUCAUUUUGCUAUCUGGGUCAUUGGAGAAAUAUGAUUUUGUUUUUUUGUAUCGACAAAAUUAAUCUAAAAUUAUUGUGCUGCGUUUAUCAAAAUAUUCUUUUAACUGAUGUAUUAUUGUCUUACCAUUUUUAAUAAAUUAAGUAA